AUGUCUAAGAAAUCUAAUUUGGGUAAGGCGCUUCAAAGACAAUAGUAAAGGAAAAUGAAUGAGGGGGCAGCAAAAGUUUAGAAUUAAGGAUAGUUCUUUCACGAUGGGAAGGUAGUAAAGGAGGAAUAUCAAAUCUAAUAAGAGAACUUGCAAUCUAUAAUUGAUUAGAAUCCUUUAAAUGAGUAUUUGUAGAUGGCAGAGAUGGCAAAUAUCAAAUAUUAAGCAGAGAAGAAAUCAGAUGUGGUUGUAAAUGAAUAGCAGAAAUAAUUAGUGAUCAAUGUAAAUGCAAUAAGAAAGGGACAAUUACCAAAUUCAUCCGUGUAUGAUUAUUAGAAGAACCAACUGUUGGUUGACUUACAAAUACCAAGAAGACCUAGAUGGGAUGAGAAGACUACAGUUGAGUAAUUGAGGUUGAUGGAGAAUGAGAAUUUUUUAAAGUGGAGAAAGGAAUUGGCAAAGUUCGAAGAGGAACAUUAUUAGAUCUAAUUGACUCCUUAUGAGAAGAAUAUUGAAGUUUGGAAGUAAUUGUGGAGAGUGGUAGAGAAAGCAGAUAUUUUGGUUUAAGUGGUGGAUGGAAGAGACAUCCUGUUCUAUCAUUGCAACGAUCUGACUAAAUACGUACAUGAGGAAUAAAAUAGAGUUUACAGAAAGAAUCAAACAAAGAUCAAUUUUCUAUUGAUAAACAAAAGCGAUUUGAUCUCUGAUAAAAUUAGAGAGGAAUGGUCAGCCUUUUUGAAUUCAAAGAAUUUAAAUCACAUGUUCUUUAGUGCCAAAUUGGAAUAGGAGAAAAUUGAUAAGGAAGAAUAAGUGUAAGAUGCCACCAAUAUUCUAAUUUAAUAAGAGGAACCUAAAAUUGAAGAAAAUAUAGAAGCAUUUUUAAAUACAUCACGAAUUGCAGAUAGAAAGAUAUUGUUAUCAGAGUUGAAAUCACUGGUGUAAAAGAUUAGGAAGCAAAGAUAAGAGAAUGUGGAAGACAACUAAAGUGAUUGA